AUGACAUAUUUUGUUUGUUUCAACAUUUUUUUCGUUUACUCACUAGAUGAGCUACUUCGUUAUAAUUUAGUCGUCAAAGAACUAUUUCAGGCUUGUGAGUUAUUAAGUUCCCAACUAAGAAACGUGUUAUAUUUUAACUCUCGAAACGCACGGAUUGCCGAAAUGACGAUUGAAAUCGCCCAGUCGUCAAAACAGUUCAAAGAAAAAAGAGAAAAAAUCUGCGUAGAUGUAGAAUUGGCGAUUAAAAACCGCAUGAUGCACAAGUGGUCCAUAUUAAAAACUUCAACCGACCAGAAAUCACUAGAGAAAUUUCUGAGCGAAUUAACUGGUAUGAAAACGGCGAUGAUCUUGAGGCAUAAACAGGUGGUUGGAAUUCUGAAAAAAAUUCAGCGACACGUUGAUGCAGCUAAAAUGCCACGCAACGGUGUCGCAGACUGCAAUGAAGGAUUUGACGUUUCCGCGACCGGGUCACAGCGAUACAUUGAUUUUGACGAUGGUGCCGCUGCCUCAAAGGUCAUAAACGACUCAGAUGGAUGGGACACACCGGUCGAAAGCAGCUCUCGCGGGACUUUUCAAGAUGUGCUGAGCGCAUAUAUGUGUCCCGACUAAAUUUAUUAUACACGCGUGUUAUAAUUAAAAUACAAAGACCGCAUAAAUGUAACUAAAUGGAAUUGUUAACGCCAUCAUAUAAAAUGUUAUAUCACACAAUUAAAAGAUUGUAAUA